AUGGCGGCUAAGAGAAUCCGACAAGAAUUUGAAGCCUCCGACAUCGCCAAAUCUUUAAUGCUUCUUUCUCAGACAUCCAACUCCAAAAUUCCCGGACAAAACGCAGCCGUUUUCCAGUGCAAAACCUGCAACCGUCUCUUCUCUUCGUUUCAGGCUCUCGGCGGCCACCGUGCCAGCCACAAACGACCACGAACGGCGGCUGAAGAGCCCAAGGAUGCGGCGGAAUCAAAGAAAAUGCACGAGUGUGGGCUGUGCGGGCAGGUGUUCUCUACCGGGCAGGCUCUCGGCGGGCACAUGCGGCGGCACCGGAUGACGACGACGAACGGAGGUGGGUUUUCGGUGGUGCCGUUGGUGCCGGCGGUGGAGAAGAUUCCGGUGCUGAAGAGGUCCGGGAGUAUGGGAGUUAACUGCUUGGAUCUUAAUUUAACGCCAUUGGAGAAUGACUUGAAGCUGUUAUUUGGAAAAAUGGCUCCAAGAGUUGAUCUUGUUCUUUGAUCUAAGUUCUUGUGUUUCUAAAUUGUUUGAUUUUUUAUUUAUUUAUAAUAAUAACUCCUCGAUUAUUUUAAAUUCUUUCCAAAGAAAAUUAGGGUUUCUUCUCGUUCUUGCUUUCGAUCCAUAUUUCCCUCUCGAUAUCGCUCGGUUUUCAUCCUUUCCCUCGAUAUCUCUUUCUUCUUUGUCAA